UCCCACCGUGUCCUAGACAACUUGUGAACAAGCCGUAGGUUGCGCAUACCUCAGUCUGGUUUGCGAUGGGUGUGUUUUCGACAGCAACUUCCGAUGAAGACGACAUUUUAAUGCGAUGAAGUUCCUAUGCACCUUCCAACCGAUUGCGCAUCACCUCUCUUCCUUGUACCACCUCUGUCCAAGUGCUUUCAGUUAAUUCUUUAAACUACACUUUUCUCGUGUCGCAUCUCAUUCCCAUUCUAAACAAACCAAUACCAGCCUCGUCCAUCAUUUGCACUUUGCGCAGUACCUUUUUUUGUCCCACCUUCUAACAAAGCAUUGUAUCUAUUGUUGCCCAACAUGACGUUGCCAAUUCAAUCCAUCGAUGAACCAGGUAGGCGGCCUCCUCCUGAGGUGGCUAUGGUAUUGCGACAAGAAGUUGCCUCCAUUCUUCAUCGAAAUUCAACCGCAUUCCCAGGCGCGCAACCCGUUAGUUUUACGAGGAAGCACCUUGAUGAGCUCCUUAGAGAUGAUUACUACGUUUGCGAAAAGUCGGACGGUAUUCGCUAUCUCCUCUACCUAGCUGCCGACGAAGGUAACAAUGAAUGUCACUACUUCAUCGAUCGGAAAAACGAUUACUGGUACAUCGACGAGGGUUCACUACACUUCCCUCUCCCGGGAAACCUACAAGCCUUCCACAAAGGCACUAUAUUAGAUGGAGAGUUGGUUAUGGACGCCCAUAGUGAUGGCCGCAUGGAGCCUCGAUAUCUUGUAUUCGACUGUCUCGCCAUGGAUGGGCAAUCGUUAAUGUCACGCGAGCUUAGCAAGCGCCUCGGUUAUUUUCAAGAGCAAGUCUUCAAACCGUAUAAGAAGCUGCUCGAUGAUUUCCCCGAGGAGAGACAGUUCCAGCCUUUCUUCCUCGACCUCAAGUCUAUGCAAAUGGCAUACGGCAUUCGCAUGAUCUUCGAGGAUGUCAUCAAAAACCUAAAACACGAUAACGAUGGGCUCAUCUUCACAGCCCUUCACAGCGAAUACAAGCCAGGCACUGACCCGCAUAUUCUAAAGUGGAAGGACGCGGAGGAGAACACGGUCGAUUUCAAGUGGAGGUUGAAGUUCCCCAUAGUCGAGCCAGACGAGCAGGAUCGGGCCGAGGGUAUCACGGAACCCUUUAUCGAUUUUGAUAGUACGCCUCCCGUAGAAUUACACGCCAACUACGGCAACGGCAAGUACGGUUUCUUCGCUCCUCUCCAUCUAGAGGAUGACGAAUGGGAAAUCCUCAAGGGGCUAGAAGAACCGCUCGACGAUCGUGUGGUAGAAGUAUAUAUGGACAACCAAAAGCGGUGGCGAUUCUACCGUUUCCGGGACGACAAAUCAGACGGCAACCAUAUAUCCGUCGUCAACAGUGUGAUCGAAAGCAUCCAAGACGCGGUAACCCGCGACGAGCUAGAAAACCACAGCAAGAACGUGCGGGACAACUGGAAAGCCCGAGACAAGGCCAAGGCUCGAAAAUAAGCCCAGGUCAUGCAGAAGGGAAUAACUACCCUCAUAUCUAAAAGUGGCCGUUCAUAAACAGGGCACUGUUCACUACAUUUAAUGGUUCACGCGGUCGAGAAAUAGGCGGGUACCGGAUCGAGAUAUACUUUAUUUGAUUUUUCAGCCUAGACGGAUGGUAAUGACGCCAAACAGAUAGCGAGGCCCUCGGGAUGGAGUUUUGGAUACGGGUUCGUUUGCAAAGAGGGGAAAAAAGAUCAGGUUGCAUAAACUGCUAGAAAGAGAGGUCAGGUAGAGUUCGUUUGCGGAUGCUUUUCGUGCUGGGUCAAAGUAGCACCUGCCGUACGCGCGGAAUGGGAUUGGUUUGAUAAUUGCGAGAAUCGACUUAAUUACCUACCUAUUGGGUACCUGAGAUAUGAAGUGCGUAGAAAUGUGAUAUUAAUGGC